GUCAUGCAGGAGACCUAUGAGAUGGUGACCUCGCUGGGAUUUCCCAUUCCCAAACCUGUGCUUAUCGCCCGCCUGGAGCAAGGGGAAGAGCCGUGGGUGCCCGAUCUCCAGACUUGCGAGGAAAGAAGGCUUCCGAGAUGCUCCCAUACAGAAGGUGCUGAGCGAGGGAAUGAGAAUGAGGAGGAGAAUCAUCAUCAGGAAGUUCCUGGAGAAGUGCAACCCCAGGCGACCUUUGUGGGAGGAUGUUUCAGUCCAAAGUCAGCACGAAAGUCACUUAAGAAAAGCCACACAGGAGAAAGGCCCCAUAAUUGCUUGGACUGUGGGAAAAGAUUCAAAAAGAGGUCAAACCUUGUUCAGCAUCAGGCAAUUAACACAGGAGAGAGACCCCACAAGUGCUUGGACUGUGGGAAAAGUUUCAAACACAGGUCACGCCUUGUUCAACAUCAGUCAGUCCACACAGGAGAUAGACCCCACAAGUGCUUGUACUGUGGGAAAAGUUUCAAGGAAAGGUCCUACCUUGUUAAACAUCAGGCAAUCCACACAGGAGAGAGACCCCACAAGUGCUUGGACUGUGGGAAAAGUUUCAUACAAAGGUCAGACCUUGUUUGUCAUCAGUUAGUCCAUACAGGAGAGAGACCCCACAAGUGCUUGGACUGUGGGAAAAGUUUCAUACGAAGGUCACACCUUGUUUGUCAUCAGUCAGUCCACACAGGAGAGAGACCCCACAAGUGCGUGGACUGUGAGAAAAGUUUCAUAAGAAGGUCACACCUUGUUCGACAUCAGGCAAUCCACACAGGAGAGAGACCACACAAGUGCUUGGACUGUGGGAAAAGUUUCAUACAAAGGUCAGACCUUGUUUGUCAUCAGGCAUUACACACAGGAGAGAGACCUCAUAAGUGCUUGGACUGUGGGGAAAGGUUCAUACGAAGGUUAGACCUUGUUUGUCAUCAGUCAGUCCACACAGGGGAGAGACCCCACAAGUGCAUGGACUGUGAGAAAUGUUUCAUAAGAAGGACACACCUUGUUCGACAUCAGGCAAUCCACACAGGAGAGAGACCCCACAAAUGCUUGGACUGUGGAAAAAGUUUCCUAAGAAGGUCAGACCUUGUUUGUCAUCAGUCAGUCCACACAGGAGAGAGACCCCACAAGUGCUUGGACUGUGGGGAAAGUUUCAAACACAGGUCACACCUUGUUCAACAUCAGUCAGUCCACACAGGAGAGAGACCCCACAAGUGCUUGGACUGUGGGAAAAGUUUCAAACACAGGUCACACCUUGUUCAACAUCAGGCAAUCCACACAGGAGAGAGACCCCACAAGUGCUUGGACUGUGGGAAAAAUUUCAAACACAGAUCAGCCCUGGUUAAACACCAGAAAAUCCACACAGGAGAGAGAGCGUGUAAGUGCUUGGACUGUGGGAAAAGUUUCACAUGGAGAUCAGACCUCAUUCAACAUGGGAGAAUCCACACAGGAUCUAAACUUCUGUGACACAUGACAAAAAGGGUUAAGCAGCUUCCAUGUAAUUGACUCAGAUCAGGCCUUGUUGCACAUCAGGGAAAACUAAAUCCUCAGUACCACUUCUAGGGCCGGCUCCAGGCACCAGACGAGGAAGCACGUGCCUGGGGGGCGGCACUUUUUUCUUGGGGUGGCAAAAAAAGCUUGAGCUGGCUCUGAUCACUUCAAACUAAUCUUAUUGAGAGCGGCAACAGUUCAUCAGUACCUCUCUGCAUUUGAUUUUGUUACAAAAUCAAUAAGUUCGGAUAACAUGAGCCCCAGAGGGACAGACGGUUCCACGGGCAGCCCUCCUUCGAUACCCCAUUAGAGAUUUCAGAAGGUCUCUUACCUCUUGAUUGGUGCCUUGGAGUUCAAAGGGGAACAGUCCGCAGUAGCUGUUGAUAGCAGAAUGUUAAGCAAAGUCUCUCAUCUCACCCUUCCUUUUUAUAGGCUUUUAGUUUGGAUUCAAAGUCUCUAGGUCUCGCUGUGUCACGCCGCCUCUGGGUUUGGUGCUUGAUCACCCGUCAAUUGCAGGUGUGACUGUCAGCCUGGGACCUGGCUUUGAUCUUCCUUCUGUUUCUUUCUUUUUUUAGGGUGGAUGCUUCUUGCUUGAGUUAGGGCUGUUGUCUAGUUCUUCAGCCGUUGGUAUUUGAACUUUAUUUCAUCAGGACGGGCUGGUCCUGGAGGUUGAUUCUGUCACCCAUACAUACCUCAUUGACACAUCUCAACUAGACUAAUAAAAUUACAGUAUGGCUUGCAAAAAUGGAGGCUGUAGCACAUGCCUUCCACAAAAUGGAGUAAGCAUUUUUAAAUGGGUUUUGAAUUACAAUAUUGCACAGAAGUUUACAAUGUAGGCAAAAUGGCAAGUGUAAUUAAAUGGUGAACAGGAGUUACAAUGAUCCAGUGAAGAACUAAAAACCUGCUGACUACCAACACCGCUGUAAAAUGCCAAGAACUGACUGCCUGGACCCGUGCUUCUCACUGCAAAAAGGCCUCUCCACCUCAAGAGGACUUUACGACUGAUGAUCAGCCUGUUUCUCCUUCUGGUGCCGCUGUUUUUUUUGGGCAGCAGAAAAAAAGGAUAAGAUAAAGUGCUAGUAACCUCUCCCUUGUCCACUGACAGAACUACCAUGCAUUUGAUUUGUGCUAAAAAACCUAAAGCAUUACAGGGUGAUGUGCUAGUAACCUCUCCCCUGCAAAAUGCUAAACCACCACUGUGCCAAGAAGUAGGAACACUUACUCUACUGAAACCACCAAAGCCCAGGGAUUUCUGACCACAAAGAACAUUAAAAACUGGCACUGGUGGG